UCUUCCAGGCAACCUUUGGGUUGCGGAAAUUAAAAAAAUUACAUUGUCAGUAAGUAGGUGUACAUACACAUACAAUAUACAAACAUACAAAAUAGACUGCCAAAAUCUCUUCCUUUUGAUUUACCGUCGCGCUGGUAGUGGUACUGGAUAAAAAUAAUGGUGCGAAAGUGUGAUCAAGAAAACAAUAAAUGUGAUAAUUAAGUAGGUCAGUAGGUAAAUAAAAGAAAAUUUAAAGUUUGACAAUCACUGCUGUUUUUGAAAUAGGUAAAGAUCGGAUUGUUUCUUCCGAUCUUUACCUGGAAGGGUCGAGAUCGGAUAGCGGUCUACAGCAGUGCUAGGUCUAUUAACACAAUUACAAAAACAAACACAGUUUCAUCACAAUACGCAAAAUAAAUUACAGGUCGAAGAUCGGAUAGAAGAAAGAAUUCGCGAAAUUUACCUUGCUCUCUGUGAUUGCGCAUAGCACAAGCCCGACUCCCUGAGCGACGCGGGGACACUGGCAGUCGAGGCGCAAUGAAAUGGCGUCUUACACAAUGUUGCCAACAUUAAAAAAUAAAGCCAAAUUAGGGAGAAAUGAAUGUCCUACGUUCUUCACCCGCAUCCGGUAUUUACCCAACAUACCUUAAUCGUUGAACCGCCGCAUUUCAAAAUGGGCCUUAUUUUGAUAUCGGCUAGCCGUAAUGUAAUACGGCGGAUUAUACAAUAAGACUGCGAUACUUAUAUGUCUAUAAAUUAUAAAUCCCCUUGUCAAUGUAAUUUCAUUUAAUUUGCUAUCUAGUGGCAAACAUCAAUGUAGUUAUCUUUUACUUGUGAUGCACAAGUGUGAGCAAUGUAAAAUACUAUAUUUCUAAAAAAAUGACUUGUUUAUUGUGAUUAUACGUAGUAAAAGAAAAUGUGAUUAUUAAAUUAUAAUACGAAAGGUGGUCAAAUCGCAAAAUGCUGUCGUUUUAUUUAAAAUAAUGAAAUAAUUAGACCAGUUCCGAAAGUACCGGGAAAUCCCGGUUCUUUAAAACAGUACCGGUUCUGCAAUCCCUAAUAAGGAUGUUAUGCCCAUCACUAUUCCUUCUGUGUACGUAUAUUUAGAAACUGUCUCCGCCUCCAAUUCGUGCGAUAAGGACAACUGCAGCUCGGACCGAAAUUCACACGCAAAAAACUCAAAAAUCGAGGUUUCGCUCUCGACUGUUUCCUCCUCCAAAACGCAACCAAUCAUUAUGAAAUUUUGGAAAUUGCAAGAGGAAGAAAUAAUCUAUGCCGCUAUGUUUUGAUUUUUUGGAUAUUUGUUGUCAUAUUUGUAUACUGCGCCUUUUUUUACAGCCAAUUCAAUUGAGCCGUUUUUGCGAUUUUCGAGGCGCUGUAAUUUUCUUCAAAAUAAAAUAAUCCAAAAAAGCAAAACAUAGCGGCACAGAUAUUGAUGAUAUUGAUCUUAUUUGAAAAAAUCAUUGCUCUAGGUUUAAAAUCCAGGGAGGAAACAGUCGAGAGCGUUUGUAUGGAAAAAUCACAACUAGGAAUUCCUCGAUCUGGUUGAGUUAAAUUCGUAAUCGUCUUGAGUGCGCGUGUGUUUGCGUGCGCUAUCGGGCAGACAACUCCCCGGCUCCAGGGUCAUCGGAAGCAAAUUUCAGAGGUGUGGCAGAAUGUCUCCGACACCACCAACCCCACAAACAACAACUAUUGAAUUAUCCGCUAUAUCAUUAGCUGCAAAGAUACCUGAUUUUUGGCAGGACCAGCCGCGACUAUGGUUUUUGCAGGUGGAAGCUAUUUUAGCACAACAAAAGGCAGGUGAUCAAUCAAACUACAAUAUGGUCAUCGCAAAAUUAGGAAAGCAAGCAAUUCAGCAAGUUGCGGAUAUCCUUGAGAAGCCGCCUAGUGAGAACAAAUUCGAUACUCUGAAGGCCAGAUUGCUUAGUGUUUACGAGGAGACAGAAGCGAAGAGGUUACAGCAAUUGAUGUCAGACAUGGAAUUGGGUGAGCAACGACCAUCUCAGCUAAUGAGGAGAAUGCGUGACCUUGCGCGUGAUAAAAUUCCGGACGACACUUUAAUCUAUUUUUGGCAAGGUCAUCUACCACCAUCGGUAAGGGCAGUCGUAGCGUCAGCAGAUUCAAAAAACUUAGAAACCCUUGCAAGUAUUGCCGACAAGGUCAUGGAGACGUUUAAACCGAAUGAAGUCGCCUCAAUUCAGACAACAUCGCGCCAAAGUUCACCGAAUGAUUUUAUAACGGCGGAAUUAGCGAAGAUUAACAGUCGCAUCAGUGAAUUAGCCAGCUCUAGUGGACGAGGUAGGAGCCGAAGGAGGAACCGCAGCCAGGGACGUGCACGUAGUCGCUCACGCAACAACAGCCGCUCUGGGAGGACCCCUAACAGCCCUGAUUGGUUGUGUUUCUACCAUUACCGAUACAAGACCAAGGCCAAUAAGUGCGUGCAGCCAUGCAGCUGGAAAGGACAGUCGCCGACGGGAAACUAGACACCGUGCAGACGUUUUCGGCGGAACCCUGCACCUUGGUAAAUAAUUAUCGCCUUAGUGUAAUAGAUAGAAACUCUGGUUUUAAAUUUUUGGUCGAUACAGGCGCAAAUGUGAGUGUGAUUCCAAAAAACUUUAAAUUUGCGAAAGACUCUUUACAAUCCGUUAAAAAUUGCAAGUUAUACGCCGCGAAUAACACUGAGAUUAAGUCAUAUGGAUACGUCACAUUAACGUUAAAUUUGAAUUUGAGACGUACUUUUAAGUGGAAUUUUAUUGCAUGUGAUGUUAAACAACCUAUUAUUGGAGCAGAUUUUUUGCAUAAUUAUAGACUCAUUGUGGAUUUGUAUGGCAAAAAGUUAGUUGAUAAUUUGACAAGUAUUUAUGUAAUUGGUACGAUCAUAAAUCUUACUGACUCAUCAAUUAAUUUAAUUAGUACGGAUAACAAGGCAUAUCAUUUGUUGCACAAGUACCCAGAACUUUUAAAGCCGUUUUCGUUUAUCGAGGCACCUAAACACAAUACUUAUCAUCAUAUAGAGACGACAGGGCCUCCGAUACAUCAAAGAACUAGACCGCUGCCUCCUGAUAGGUACGAAAAAGCAAAAAAGGAAUUUCAAACAAUGGUGGAGAUGGGCAUUUGCAGGCCAUCUAAGAGUCCGUGGUCUAGUCCUUUGCAUAUUGUUCCUAAAAAAGAUGGAGAGAUUCGUCCGUGUGGCGA